AUGACGGCCUCAGAUGUCGAGGAUGGGCACUCUCAUUCGGCCUCUCCUGAGGACAGUGGGACCGAACACGUCCAAGUGAAUAUGGCCCAAGGUCAGAGCAAGAACGACGUAAAAAAGCAGCAAAAUGGAGCCCAGUCCACCAAUCCAAAGGAUCCUUCUCGUCCCCGGAGGAAGAAGGCACGUAGGGCAUGUUAUGCUUGCCAACGUGCCCAUUUGACCUGUGGUGACGAGAGACCAUGUCAAAGGUGCAUAAAGCGAGGACUACAGGAUGCGUGCCAGGACGGCGUCAGGAAGAAGGCAAAGUAUCUGCAUGAUGCGCCUAAUGAAGCCCUCAUGCCUGGGGUUGGAGGAAACCUCUACAACCAAGGAAGUGCGAACUCCAACUCGAGUGUAGGAAAUGACACCCCCCAGCAACAAUCGUUCUUCCAACAAACGCCGACGUACAACAACUUUCCCACGCCCUCGCACAUGCCUCCCCCAAUGCUCCAUGAGAGAAGUAUGAGCACGACCAGCUUCCCCCAGCAGUCUCCGCUCUCAACCAAUUUCCCCAAUGUCGCAUCGCAAGUUCCUCUGCAAAGCCCUGUCAUGGGUGCUGAUCAAUCCAAUGCCGCCAACAUGACGACAGCAGGCUGGCCAGGGCAGAUGUAUAGCGAUGAUCCCAUGUUCAACUUCGACAUUGCGAGCAUGAACUUUGGCAAUCAUUACGGUGCAUUGGAGUUUGGCAUGCUUGGUCAUAUGGCGACAAAUGCGGGAGACACUCCCCCCAGCGAUACGGCGACACGAAGCGGGUCCAUCACGCAGUAUCGUAUGCCUUUUGGCAGCUUCAGCGAGAGCCCUACGGCUCGGCAACAGAUGUACGGCGAAACGAUGUUGCCUGAUUGGUCCAACGGGACCGACCCCUAUGGCGCCCAUGGACACGGUCGCCAUAUGGCUCCCAACGCCUUUGCGAUAGAAUCGAACGCGGUCAAUUGGACCUCCCCUGACACGAAUGGCACACCCAACAAUGCUGUCAAAUUCGAAGAGUCACCCUUGAUGACCAACUCAGGCCUCCAAGUUCCCCCUUCUGCCUUGGACGGGGGUCCGGUCAUUCAUUCUACCGGAACCCUGGACGCAAGGAACAAUCGGCCCCCUCCUCCUAUAUCGACUCCGCAGUUGAAGGCCAAAUCUGCGCUGCCUGUCAAGGCUUUGAAGCGGCCCAAAGAUCCGUCGUCGAUCUACACGUCCGUCACCCAACCCUAUCCUUAUACGGCAGGGUUCCACAGCUUCAUUGCCUACCUCCAGAAACGAUUUGCCGCACAUCCUUCCAAGACGCUUGCCAUAGCGAAAUCCUUGGCGUCGAUCCGACCGUCCUUCAUUGCAACGACCAAGACCUUGAACCGGGAAGACCUGAUCUUCAUGGAGAAAUGUUUCCAGCGGACGUUGUGGGAAUAUGAGGGUUUCAUCGAAGGUGUAGGCACUCCAACAAUUGUGGCGAGGAGGACUGGAGAAGUUGCGGCUGUAGGCAAGGAAUUCCAAAUCCUCACGGGGUGGACGAAGAAUGUGCUGCUCGGUCGGGCGCCCAACCUGAAUGUGAACCGCGGUCACUCCGGGCAAACGCCUGGCACCGGUUCUGGGACCAACACUGCACGGCAUACAGGGACUAACACUCCUACGCAACGAAUGUUGUUGGAGACGGAGAACGGCGAGAAACGACCUCAACCGGUAUUCCUUGCGGAACUGCUUGACGAUGAAUCGGUGGUGCAGUUUUACGAGGAUUUUGCGCGACUGGCAUUUGGAGACAGCCGCGGCAGCGUCUGCGGCAGGGCCAAGCUCCUCAAGUACCGGACCAAGGACGACGAACUCGCCCAGAAUCUCCAUGUCGAGGCUGAGGCGCGAAGCGACGAGCGCCAAGUUCCACCAGAGCUGCGACGGCAAGACAGCUCUCGUCGUCAACAUGAGAUGAAACGGGAGCGCGAUGGUAUAUCUGGCGAAAAGGGCAUGCAAAAACUGGGAUCUGCCGAUGGGAAAGUGGAUUGCACAUAUUGUUGGACGGUGAAACGUGACGUUUUCGAUAUACCCAUGCUUAUUGUUAUGAAUGUGAGUUGUCCGUUCGCUUUUGUUGCUUUUGACAGGCUAACAUGA